AUGUCAAUGAAAAAACCCUACAUGUUUUUGACUCUCAUUAUUCCGGGUCCGGAUAAUACAAAGAAGGAUCUUCAUGUAUUUCUUCGUCCGCUUAUUGAUGAGUUAAAGAUUUUGUGGCAUAGUGGAGUUGAGACAUUUGAUCAAUCACAAAAAAAUAAUUUCCACAUGAGGGCGGCAUUGAUGUGGACUAUAAGUGACUUUCCGGCUUUAGCACAACUCAAAGGAUGGUCAACAAAAGGCAAAUGUGGAUGCCCGGUUUGUCUUGGAAGUGUAAAAGGCUUCCAACUUAAAAAUUGUGGAAAGCCAUGUUGGUAUGGGACUAAUCGAAUUUUUUUGAAUGAAAAUGAUUCGUUACGGAAAAAAGGACCCAAGUUCGCAAGUACAGAGCGGGCCGUUUUUAGGGGUCGGAUGAGUGGGGAGUAUGAAAUAUCAACAUUUAAUCAUUUGCAAUUCCCUCCUCCCAGAAGAUUGACCAAACAACGAGCUUUGGGUUAUGGCAAAGAACACAAUUGGACUAGUAGGCCAAUUUUCUAUGAACUUGAAUAUUGGUCGUCACUUAGGUUACGUCAUUGUAUUGAUGUUAUGCAUACCGAAAAGAACGUUUUUGAAAAUGUAUUUUACACAAUUGUGGAUGACCGUUUCAAGUCAAAGGAUCACAACAAGUCUAGGAUGGAUUGUAAGGAACUUGGUGUGAUGUCCGGGUUAUGGUUAAAUAAUGGGGUGAAACCAAAGGCACGUUUUACGCUUACAAGACCCCAACUUCGCCAAUUAUGUGAAUGGGUAUCAUCAUUAGAUCUUCCUGACGGGUGUUGCUCAAAUCUAGCUCGAUGUGUCAAAAUGGAUGUUCUCAAGUUUCACGGGUUAAAAUCGCAUGAUUGUCAUAUUUUUAUGCAAAAAUUGAUGAGUAUUGCUUUUCGUGAGUUUUUACCUCGUGAUAUUUUGGAUGCCCUUGCGGCACUAUCAAAUUACUUUGUCGAUAUUUGUUCGACAAUUCUAGUACGUAGUGAUCUAGAACUUCUAGAGAAAUCCAUAGUAAAGACACUAUGUGUGCUAGAAACUAUUUUUCCCCCAAUCUUUUUUGAUAUUAUGGAACACUUGGUUUUACACUUGGCCGAAGAAUGUCGUCUAGGGGGACCCGUUCACUAUAGAUGGAUGUAUCCUUUUGAACGGUUGUUAAAGUUUAUGAAAGAUAAGAUCAAGAAUAAGGCACGAGUGGAAGGUUCGAUUGCGGAAAAAUAUGUCGAAGAAGAAACCGUCAACUUUUGUUCAAAUUACUUUAAGUCAAAUGUUGGCACGGUUCAUAACACCGUGGGAAGGAACGAAGUUGCGGUUGAGAAACAAGAUGAUAGUAUUUUGGAGGUUUUUAGAUAUCCAAUUGAGUGUUUGGGAAAACAUGUUGUUCGAUACUUGGAUGAUGAUGAAUACUUCAUUGCGGAAUAUUAUGUUCUCUUGAACAUGCCAGAGGUUCAACCAUAUAUUCGAGAAUACGCAUCUUAUACGGGUGCAACGCCCGAAGAAUUGGAAUCACUUCUCAAGACUAACUUCAAAAUUUGGUUCAAGAAAAAGAUUGAGAAUGAUGUUGCAAUAUAUCCACGGUUCAAAGAUCUACUUAAUGGACCAUCUUCGCAUGAUUAUGACGUUUCAAUCUUGCAAGGUACAUCUCAUGUUAAUGCCCUUGAAAAUUAUUAUGGUCAAUUAGAAGAAAUUAUUAGACUUGUUUAUAGGGGGGGAAAUCAUGUGUAUUUGUUUAAAUGUUGUUGGUUUGAUUCCGCGGGAAGCGGUGUACGUGUUGACAAAAAUCGAAUUGUUAGUAUAGACAUAAAGUCAAGACUAAGGUCGAACGAGGUAUUUGUUUUAGCAAGUCAAGCGACUCAAGUGUAUUAUGCACCAAGUGUAUUAAAUCCUCGUACUAACUUCUAUACGGUUAUUUCAAUUAAAAAUAGUCCUCUUGAUGAAUCAACUACCCCUUCUACCGAAAAUACCUACCAAGAAAAUAUAUCUAAUGCAUCCACUUCAAUAUUUUCAUUGUUCGUUGACUUUGCACAAUAUGAGCCAAUUCCAAGAAUUCGAUUCGAAGAUCAUGAUAAUGAUGAAGUUGAUGACGAUGAUGAAGAUGAAAACAAUGAAGAAUUUGAUGAGGAAGAUCAAGAAAAUGAAGAAGAAAUAGGAGGAGGAGGAGGAGGAGAAGAAGAGGAAGAAGAAGAAGGUUAUGAAGAUAUUGAUUAG